GGGGGGAAGCGGGAAGCGAGAAGUGGGAAGCGGCUUGCCAAAGUGCGACGAACUGCAGGAAUGUAAAAAAAAAAAAUAAAUAAAACAGAUAACAUAUAGCAGAAAACAUAUAACAUAUAACAGAUGACAGUAAAUCCCAACGGCUAGCGGAAAAAAAUAAACUCAACAACUGCAGGAAUUCCCAUCCCACUUCGCAGCAGCUAAAAAGAAUAGCAAACGCUUGGGGAAAAAGAACUUCUUGUAAGAAAAAUUAUUUGCGUAGCAUAUAAAUCUCCCUUGCGAGGAACGCGAAAAAACGCAGAAAAACACAAAAGAGUGAAACAACCAACGGAACGUAAGAGUUAGCACAAAAUGGCGACGAGAUUCAAGAAGAACAGGAAAAAGAGAGGACACGUGUCCGCCGGUCAUGGUCGUAUUGGCAAGCACAGAAAGCACCCCGGUGGAAGGGGAAAGGCUGGUGGUAUGCACCACAUGAGGAUCAACUUUGACAAGUACCACCCGGGUUACUUCGGAAAGGUCGGUAUGAGACACUUCAACCUCCUCAAAAACCGAAAGUUCUGCCCCACCAUCAACGUGGACAAGCUGUGGGGGCUCCUACCAGAGGAAAAGAAAAAAGAAUUUUUCGAAAAUAAAAACAUUGCCCCUGUGAUAGACGUGACCAGAAAGGGCUUCUUCAAGGUCCUCGGAAAUGGAAAGCUCAAACACGCCCAGCCCAUUGUCGUCAAGGCUAGGUACUUUUCCUCAGUGGCCGAGAAGAAAAUUAAGGCAGUAGGGGGCCAGUGCAUUCUGGUGGCUUGAGCGGCGCAAAGGGGAAAAGGAAAUGAAAAGAGAGGAAGGCGGAUAGAGAACGGAAAGAAGGCAACAUAAAAUGGAAAAUCACCCCUAACACUGCUAACACCAUCGCCAGUGUUUUUAUUUUUUAUUUUUCGCCUUUUUCAACGCGAAGUACAUCCCAGUGUGCAUGCCUUCUCACGUUUCAUGUGGCCUGCCGAGCGCAGGAGCAACUCCGAACGGACCGACAAAUGCGUAGAAACGAAACGCUCUUAAAAAUGCCAUAAAAUUUA